AGGAGGUAACAUGGAAAUUCUAACUAAACAGUAGAUUGAAUGUGCUUAAUUUGAACUCAAGUUUCCGUGGCAUCUUUGCUUCCUUUACCUGGACAUUUUUAUUUGCAUUCCUUUUCUUUUAGGAAAUGAUUUCAGAUUCCUUCCCCUCUAGGAUCUAUAUCCAAUUAACAUUUUAAAACCGAUGCAUCCUUCCCUGUUCUAACCAGCUCAUACACAAAUUAGUCGCGCCCAAGACAAAAAUAGUAGCUCGAGUUUCUGCAGAGAUGAGGGUGCAGCUGCUCGCUUUGACAGCAGUCCUAGUUCUGAGUUUCAUAGCUGAAAAAUGUAGACAGUUGAUCGGAGAAGAAUCAGCUUCAAGAAGCAAGACAGAAAGAUUCACAUUCGUAAACUGUUUUGACAUGAGUUAUGGAACCAUAGGCUGCAUACUAAAGGAAUUGGUGAAGAUUUAUUUAUACUACAUUCGAGCAACUCACGUGCAUAAGGUAAGAAAUGAAGCAACGAAAGAAGCAGUCCAAGAAAACUUGUCCAAAGGACAAAGCCUUGAAGAUGCAGUUAAAGAAGGGCAGAAAGUUGGAAAUGCUGCGGCGAGAAGAGCAUCUUUACAAGCAAAACACAUUAUGGGGCCAAUGGUGUCAUCUGGAUGGGACUUUUUUGAGACUCUAUAUGUUGGUGGCACAUUGGCUGAGGCAAGUAUUAGAAGCGUUGGCACAUUGUUGGGGUCCUAUGUUGGAGGAAUUAUUGGGGAAGGGAAAACUAGGUGGUUUGGUUUUCUUUUGGGAAGUCAAUUGGGUAGUUGGAUUGGUGGGAGGUUGGGUCUAAUGUUGUAUGAUGUGGGAAAUGGGCUGCUGUUUGUGCUUCAACUCACCAGGACUAAUAAGAGUGAUGGAGAAAACAACUCACUCUUGUUAAUUUCUAGCUAGUGAAAGACCUUUGCCUAUGUAAAGCUUAAUCUCUCUUAUAUUAAAAGUGUGAGGGCCUUAUAAUUCA